ACUUCGAUUCUUAUGGUUAUAGAUACCGCAUAUCAUACAAUAUUUACAUUCGACAUAAACAUAUAUACUGUUUGUUGCCAAUCCAUAUUCCAGAGUACCCGAAACUUUUUUUCUUUUUUUAAUCUAUCAAAAGUCUUGAUCCCGAGUCCAGCCAUGGCGGAGCACCCUUCGUUUACGCUGGCGGCUUUGCUUGCCGCGGGAGGAACGGCUGGAUACAUCAAGACGAAGUCUCGACCGUCGCUCAUCGCGGGGCUCGGGCUGGGAGUUUCUUAUGCGUUGUCUGGCUACCUGAUCAAAGAAAACAAGGACUACGGCACGGAGCUCGCGCUGGGCAACAGCGUGCUGCUGCUGGGCUCCGCCGUGCCGCGCGUCGUCAAGACCAAGGCCCGCGCCCCCGUGCCCAUCGGCCUGCUGGUCGCCGGCGCCCUCGCUACCUUCUACUACCAGAAGAAGGUCCGGGAGUUCCGGUUCGGCGUGUGAGGCUCGAGCUUAUGCCCAUGCUAAGUUACCUACGCUAGGCUAGGCUGGGUUAUUGGGGACGUGGAACGGGAUGGAAUCGAAUGAAUGGAGUCUAAAAAAAGGAGAUAUCGGUUAUGAACGAGAAAAAAAGCAAAGCGAAAUGGGAAGCGGUUGGAACAUGUACGAUAGGAUUAGGUCAAGCUACCUACGGUAUCUAACUGGCAAGCUUGGGUAAGGUUAGGUAGCUAAUUGUGUAUUUCCCCCCUCUCCCUCCUCGAUGCCUAUCUACCUAGGAGGUACCUAAGGUGAAGAUCUUCUCAAGUCCGAGUUUCCGAACUUCGGCUGUGUCCGCGUGUGGGCGGUUUUCGGAUCAGACGCGCACGCAUACACAGACCGUCUUCGUCUGUAUUGUACAAGGCGUUCUGACGUUAACGACGACGACUUCUUACUACGUGGUAUCAUUUUUCGGGUUCGCCGAGAAUCUAUUUCCCUA